CCGCUGGAAGAAACAGCAUCAUCAGCCACUGGCAUCACUUGCGCCUCCCGAACAGACAUCUAAGAGGCAGCAGGGUAUUUGGAGGUUAGAUUUAACACAACAUCAAGAGAGAUCAGGGCCGACUCCGAUCCAUCCGUGCAGAGAAGCAGGAGCGCAGUGUCGGGAUUUUUCCGUUUCUCCUCCACGGUGCUUGUGCACAUCUACACACCCUUUGGAUCGGCAGCGGGGACGGCAGGAAGGAAGGAAGGAAGGGGGAUCUGAGAGGAGGAGGAGGACCAUGGAGGGGAUGCAGGCAUACGGAGCUGGCAAAGCCGGAGGAGCCUUCGACCCCGUCACCUUCCUCCAGCAGCCACAGACCAUUUUCCGCAUAGUAUCUUGGCUCUUCUCUAUAGUCAUCUUCGGCUGCAUCGCCAAUGAGGGUUACAUCAAUCGCCCCAAUGAGGUAGAGGAGUACUGCAUCUUCAAUCGCAACCAGAACGCCUGUAAUUACGGUAUCUUCAUGGGCUCCAUGGCCUUUGUCUGCUGUGUCGCCUUUCUGGCUCUGGACGUCUACUUUCCUCAGAUCAGCAGCGUGAAAGAUCGCAAAAAGGCUGUGCUGGCUGACAUUGGGCUGUCAGCAUUCUGGUCCUUCAUGUGGUUUGUGGGGUUCUGCUUUUUGGCCAACCAGUGGCAGGUGACUAAGGAAGAGGACAACCCGCUGAGGGAGGGAGGGGACGCUGCCCGGGCUGCCAUCACCUUCUCCUUCUUCUCCAUCUUCACUUGGGCGGGCCAGUCCUUCCUGGCCUACCAGAGAUACAAGCUCGGGGCUGACUCGGCCCUGUUCUCCCAGGACUACACUGACCCCAGCCUGGACGCAGCCGGAGCGCCUUACACGUCCUUCGGCGGGGAUGACGUGGAGAGCCCGAGUGGAGAAGGGGGCCAAGCCAACAGCGACGGGGUGUUCGAUGGCACCGGGGGCUACCAACGUCAAGACUACUGAGAUGUUGAGGGUCAUAUAUACUACUGGAAGUCAUGAAGUUGCGCAAGAAAAUCUGAUUUGAAAUAGCAUCUGUAUUGUUACUGCUGAAGCUGGUUCAUCUUUACCCACUACUGAUGUUUUUUUGGACCCAGUGUUUAAUACAAGAGCGCCGAGUUUGCCCUGAUACUGAACCAAAUGACACAAUGCGAAGACUAAACAUAUUAAUUAUGAUUGUUGACAAGGAGUUACAUGUAUGUGUUAAACAGUGAGAACAGGUUACAGUAUGGCAGUUUGUACAUGACAAAGAGAGGGGAAGUUUUGUGUCAACAUUUUGGCUGAUUUCCAUCUGGUUUUUGAGCAUCACAAGUAUUUGUCCCUGUGUCAGCAAUCCUAGACACCUCUACAGACUUUGAGGCCAUAGCUUGGGAUGGCGUACGUACAAUAACAGGAACAUUUCAGACCGUCUGGGGGAGAAAGAAAUGCAGGACACAAAAUGACAAAACGCUUGACUGGAGGUGUUGGGGAGUUUAGGACAUUAUUUGCAGAUCAAGGGGUUUGAAGAAAUGGUCACCAGAUUUGUUAUCAUCUUGUGGCAUCUACUGUCUGUCAGCGAAAUAACUAAGAAAGGUGUGAGUUGAGACACAGGCUGAGUUAAGGCUGAUAAACUCCCCAGUGCUGUAUCACAGGACACCAGGAAAGACAAAUAAGAAUAUCUGGCAGCAGCCCCCUUAAAGUCAAAUAAGAUUGCAUUAGUAUAUGUCUCCCCACCCCCCUAAUGUGUGGAUGUGAGACUGUGUUUUGUUUGUUUGUUUGCCUUGUUACUCUGAAAGCCUUUCUUUUCCUCAAUUGUUGCCUUAGUGCAGACUGCCAAGCCAAAUCCAACAACACAGCCCAUACAGAACGCCCAAGAUGCAUGACAGUUCUGAAUCUUUAGUCUCAAAGUUUAGCUAGUUAAAUCGUUGCCUGUUUUCUCUUUGAGCUUGUGUAUCUCCUGAACAAAACCAAGGUUUUGUCAGCAUUAUACAGAAUCCCAAACAACACAGACGACAGGUUGUUUUAUUUUUUAAAUCACUAAAUCAACAGAAAACACCAUGCUCUCGAGGAUUUAUCUGUUGUCUCCUCUGCUUUAUUUAUUCUGCAAAUGAAGCAGCUAUGAACAUCUUGAGUAUUUAUAAACAUGCAUUACUCCACUUUCUUAAAUAAUAAAGUAUAGUUAUCUCUAUAAUUAUAUGUAAAAAUAUAGUUCAGUAUAUCAGUGUUUGACACAAAGAGUCUGCUUUAUUUUAGGGCAUUACGCUAGUUCUGUAUAAAACAAAGAAAAAGAAAGAAAUACUAAAGAAAGUUCUAUAAGAUCUGUUAAGUGUUAUUGUGAUAAGAUAUAUGGCGAGGUCAUCCAAGCCUCGUCCUUUAUGUUGCUUUCAGGCUAAGGAGAGGUUUUUGUUUUUUUAUUUUAUUUUGGGAUAAUGAUAUCAACAACACAAAGAAAAAAAAAGACCAAAUUACAAAAGUAUAUAUACACAUAUACUUUAUAUUUUACAUCUGUGUAGUUGUAGAAAUGUGUGAUGUUACUCUGUGAAAUCUGUUUAAAAACAAAGUAUGACACAGUAAAAAUAAGGAGUAAAAAUGUGUGUUUUCGAUGUUUUGAUUUUAACCAAUAAAAAUAAAGUACUGAUACAGAUAAGAUUG